UUUUUUUUUCUAUGCUAAUUACUCCUGUUGAUUUCUCAAGACCUUACAAGGAAAAUUCAUGUAUACCUUUAUAUCGAAAAGAGUUAUCAGAUUUUAGACAAGCACUUUAUAGAAACAGUCGAGUUCAUCGUUUUACGAUAGAGAAUUUUUAUCAAAAUUCUUCCGAUAUAGUGAUUGAUACUUGGUAUACAAUUCACCUCAAAGUAGUGACUGAAAUGGGACUACCUGCCUACGGUAUCGAUCAGUUGAUAACCUGUCAGUUACUUACAAAUAAUAUGCAUUACUUUAUUACACCCACUGAUCUCAGCAUUGAAUAUCGUUUAAUUGACACUCCAGACUCAUGGCAAGAUCCUAUUCAAGAAAAGCAAAACUUUACAGUACUAUUUAGUUCUGAAAAUAGCACUAUUCGAUUGCAAUAUCGUAUACGUGGUCGUCCCCUUCAGGACAAUCAAUACUUUCUUCAUUUUGAGUCCCAACAAUCAGCACAAGAUUAUCAGAAAAAGAAGCUUCUUUCAUUGUGUGUGGGACCUUUUAAGAUUUCUGGCCAAAAAAAACAAGAGGAAUUGACUUACUGGGACAAAACAGUCAAUCCUUCCUGUAUUCAAAUGUAUAGAGCAUUACCUUUGGUAAGAGAACAUCAAUUUAUUAUGCUUCAAGAAAUUUGGGAAAACGGUACACCAGGCAAGCUAUGGGAUUCUGCCUUAGUAAUGAUGCAAGCCGUUGGUCAAUUAAUCAAAUGGAGCCCAGACUGUCUUGCCGGUCGUCGUAUUCUUGAUUUAAGUGCAGGUAUUGGUUCGUUGGGUUUGUCUAUUGCCAUGAAUUGCCAAAUACAUAAUGUUAUCAAUCCACCUACUAUUGUGCUCACAGAUCUGGAAGAAGCUUUACCUUUAAUGAAGAGCAAUCAAGCACUAAAUCAUAUCUCAACAGAAAACACGCAAAUUGAGCCACUUGCAUGGGGCUCCAAGAAGGAUAUACAUCGAAUUAUGACGGCUAAUAAAGCCUCAUUUGAUUAUAUUCUUGUUUCAGAUGUACUUUAUAACGCUAGAGACUUUUCUGCACUUAUUUAUACCCUUCGCCAGUUAUUCAGUCAGAAUACCCAGAAAAAACUGACUAUUCUAAUGGGCUACAAGCCUCGAGGACUCAAGAAGUCAGAAGAAGACAUGUUUUUUAAUACUUGUAGACAAUUUUUGAGAAUAGAAGCUAUUGACCUCAAAAUCUUUGGAAAGGAACUAGCGCCAUUAUCAAUUACAGUGCCUUAUUUCUGUACCAACAAAAUAUUAGAAGAGACGGGCGUCUGUUUGUAUAGAAUGACAAAGAAAUAAAUGUACUUGAUAAUUCUUUAUUCAU